GCGCAGUCUGAGAUUAGUACACUCACAGAAGAAAAAAAAUCUACACUUGCAACGGAAAGCUUGUUUCUAUUACUAGAGCGGCGGAUUUUGCCUGCUCGUCCUUUUGGCAACAAUUGGUUUCACUUCCAAUCAAGUGUUUUUACGAACAGAAACGUGAAACGGCACUCUGCUGAAUCUAUGGCCCGGGCAAGCACACUGAAACUAGCAUUCCAUGUCUAUCGUACUGGUCAAAUAGGCCUCAAGUCAACCACAAACACUGGAUUUACCCAGUGCUCACGUCGAUACAUCCAGACUCACUCACAGCGGCCCAAUAACUUGCCCUUGGCGUUUGCUUUUGACAUCGAUGGUGUUCUCAUACGAGGCGAAGAAGCCUUGCCAGCCGCGAAAAAGGCAUUCUCAGUCUUGCAUGGAGACAAUCCAUUGGGAGUUGAGAUACCAUUUAUCCUAUUAACGAAUGGCGGUGGUGUUAGUGAAGAAACCCGCUGUCAGAAACUCAGUGCACAGCUUGGAUUUCAGAUAAAACCAGAACAAUACAUUCAAGCCCAUACAGUCCUCAAGAAUAUCGUCAGUAAAUACGUCAACCAACCAGUGUUGGUAUUGGGUGGCAAAAACGACGCAGUGCGUAAAGUAGCUGAAGGGUACGGUUUCAAGCAGGUUUACAACACUCUUGACGUUCUCGCCUGGAAACCGUCGGCCUGGCCUUUUCAUGACCUGACUCCGGAAGAACGCGCAUCGGCCAAGGAAGUAGAUUUCGCUCAGGUUCCGAUCGCUGCCGUUUUUGUCUUUCACGACCCUCGCGACUGGGCGCUUGAUAUUCAGAUUAUCUGUGACGUGAUUCAAUCAGGAGGCAUCAUUGGUGGUCCCCAUGUUCCUUAUCUCAGGCGAAAGCCAAUUGACCUGGUAUUCUGCAAUCCUGAUUUGGUGUGGCGUUCUGAUUUCGAGAGACCGAGGCUGGGUCAAGGGGCUUUUAAAGAUGCCUUCCAGGCCGUUUUCAAGUCGUUGACAGGAUCGACAUAUCCUCACGUUCAAUUCGGAAAGCCCACCGAGGCCACAUACGCAUUCGCAGAGAACGUGCUUCAAGAUCAAUCACAGAAGCUGUGGGGGCAUAGGCAGUUUCCGUCGGUAUACAUGAUUGGAGAUAAUCCAGAAUCCGACAUAGCAGGGGCCAACGCCGCUCGGUGGAAAUCCAUUCUGGUUCAUACAGGGGUGUACGAUCCACAGAUGGGCCCCCCUAGCCAUAAACCGACUUACGAAGCUUCGGACGUGGCAGAAGCUGUUAAUAUGGCCCUCGAUCAAGAGCUGGGGACAGGCAGGAAGCCAGAUGCUUGGACUGGUUAGCGUCCUACCUACAGACGUACGAAGCGCAUCGGUAGAUAGAAUUGAGCGAGGCUCUAGACGUAUUAACUGGGGAGGCGUGUGCAUCGUGUCUCAAUUUUGCCAUGC